AUGCAGACAGUGGGAAAGAUUCCCUACAAGCCAUUCCUCAUCUACAGAGGGAAGGUGCACACCUAUCAGAAUGUGAACAGGAGGAGUAACACAGUAGCACAGGUCUUCCUACACUAUGGGAACCUGAAAAAAGGCAACACUGUGGCCCUGCUGAUGGAUAAUGGACCUGACUUCAUCCACGUGUGGUUUGGGCUGGCCAAGCUGGGCUGCGUGGUGGCUUUUCUCACUUUCAACAUCCCCUCUAGAUCUCUCCUGCACUGCAUUAAUACAUAUUCAGCAAAAGCACUGGUGAUAGGAGAAAGUUAGUUACAUAUUGUUUUUGACUUACUAAUGAAUCUCCUGGAAAAUAAUGCUGCUGUCUGGCUGAUGAGCACCAGUUUUCCUUUCCAGCAUGUUCACAUCAUACAAGACAAACUAGACAAGGUGCUGGAUCUAUCUGUCUAUCUCAAAGAUGUCACUAACACAAGAAACACAGCUAUGUAUAUCUUCCCAUCGGGAAGUGCAGCAUUCACUCGGUGUGGUGCAGUUUCUCAGGAUAUUAUGUAUCUCACUUUUCCCUUGUAUCACAUCAGUGCUUCCGGCAUCGGUGGAUGCACUGAAUUAGGAGCAACUUGUGUUUUGAAGAAGAAAUUUUCUGCAAGCCAGUUUUGGAAUGACUGUAGAAAAUACAAUGUUGCCGUGUUUUUGUACAUGGGAGAACUCCGUCACUACCUUUGCAACCAGCCCACUAAAGAAGAGGACAGAGUUCACAAAGUGCACAUUGCUCUAGGAAGCAGUUUCAGACCUGCUGUCUCAAAAGAAUUUCUGAUGAGGUUUGGCCCAAUUAAAAUAUUUGAAUUCUAUGGGUCCACAGAAGGAAAUCUUAGUUUCUUGAACUAUCCUAAUAAAAUAGGAGCUGUGGGCCAUGCUGGCAUCUUUUCAAAGCUCCUACGUUCUUUUGGGUUGUUGAAAUACAACGUCAGGAAACAAGAACUUAAGAAGGAUGAAAAUGGUGGAUGUAAGAAAGUGCCCAUAGGUAAAUCUGGUCUUCUAGCUGUGCAAGUUACUCAGGAUGCCCCAUUUUCUGGAUACAUGGGAAAUACCUCAGAAAAGAAAUUCCUUCAUAAUAUGUUUGUGAAAGAAGAUGUGUAUUUUAACACAGGUGACCUCCUAGUGAUGGAUGAGGAUGUCUUCCUCUACUUCAGUGACCAUGUGGCAGACACUUUUGGGUGGAAAGGAAAAAAAAAUGCCACUAUAGAAGUUGCAGACAUCAUUGGUAUGAUGGAUUUUGUCCAAGAAGUUAAUGUUUACAGCAUAAAAAGCUAUGAAGGAAGAACAGGCAUGGCAGCUGUUGUGCUUAAACCUGACCAACCCUUCAAUGGAGAAAGACUUUAUAAGUAUGUUGUGGACUUCCUUCCAACUUAUGCCCAACGAUGCUUUGUGAGAAUCAUGGAUGACCUUCUGCAACAGGACACGAGAGCAUGA